AUGGAAUAAAAUAAUAAAAAACCGGAUAAAAAGCCUCUAAAAUUAAAAGAUUUACCACCUACAUUAAGACAAAAAUAUAAAGAUCAUCCAUUAUUUGCUAAUGAAUAAAGAAAUAAGCCUAGAAUCGCAUUAGAUUAAGACGAAUUAAAAUAAUUUAAAGAAGAUAAAAUAAAGUCUAUAGAAGAAAAAGUGGAAGAAUAUUAAUUAUAACCAACCGAAUAUAAAGCAUUAGAUCGUGUAUUUAAAUUAUUUUAUGAAGAAAGAUUAACAAAUGAAAAGAAAAUGGACAAAACAAAUAAUUCGUUAUUAAUAUAAAAUUAAAGUACAGAAGAAGCUUAAAAAUAACAUAAAUAAAAUGAAAUAAAUAAACAAUAUUUUACAUCUAGAGAAAUAGAAACUGUCUUAGCUAAAAUGCAUAUGAAUUUAACAAAAUCAGAAAUUGAUUUAAUGUUAUGGGAAGUAGAUUCAAAUCUAGAUAAAAAAAUAGAUUAUAAAGAAUUUAUAAAUAUGUAUAAAAGAUGUAUAAUGAAAAAUUCUGACUUAGAACCAAAAAGUUUAUUUCAUAUGGCAUAAUUUCUAAUGUAUUGUAAAACAGAAGAAAAUAAAUUUACUGUAACAGUAGAAGAUACAUUGGAAUUAUUAUAUGUAAGAAUGGGAAGAAAUAAAUUGGAUGAGGAAAUAAAAGCUAUAUUUGGAGAAGAUGAGAAAACUAAUGAUGGACAAGAAAAGUAAAUUUCAUUUUGUUAAUAUCUAGAAAAAAUAAAUUAAAGAGCUAUAGAAUAAAGGAAAGAAAAAUUACAAAAUAAAAAAAUAAUGUUUUCGUAUAAAAAAUCUGAUGAAACUAGUAUAAUUCAUUGA